CUGGAAAAGACCAAAUCAUCAUCACGAUAUUAAUCAACCCCGGGAAUGGGCGUCGGGGUGUUUGUUUUUCCACCAGUUAAGUAACUCAGGCGUGAUGAGUUCAGGAGUCCGGUCAGAGUCUGUCCACUCCGCCCACCAUCGAGCAGCAAAGGACAACAAACAAGCCCCAGUCACUACUUCGUCUUCAUAGGCUGCAGUAUGAGUCGUCGUGUGGCCAUCAUUGGAGGAGGUAGCUCGGGUCUGGCCUGCAUCAAGUGCUGCCUGGAUGAGGGGCUGGAGCCCGUCUGCUUUGAGAGCAGCGAUGACGUCGGAGGCCUGUGGAGGUUCAAGGAGAACCCCGAGCAGGACCGGGCCAGCAUCUAUCACUCUGUCAUCAUCAACACCUCCAAGGAGAUGAUGUGCUACAGCGACUAUCCCAUCCCUGCACACUUCCCAAACUACAUGCACAACACACUCAUCAUGGACUACUUCCGCAUGUACGCCGACCACUUCCGGCUCCUGAAGCACAUACGCUUCAACACCAAAGUCCUGCAGGUGAAGCAGAGGUCCGAUUUCACACGUUCCGGCCAGUGGGAGGUUGGGACAGAGGACAAGGAUGGCAAAAAGAGUAAACACAUAUUUGACGCAGUGAUGAUCUGCAUUGGACACCACUGUCACCCCAACUUGCCUGUUCAGGACUUCCCAGGCAUUGACACAUUUGAGGGCAAGUACUUUCACAGUCGGGACUACAAGACUCCCGAAGACUGGCGAGACAAGAGGGUGGUGGUGGUAGGGAUUGGGAACUCCGGAGGGGACAUCGCCGUGGAACUGAGCCGAGUCACUAAGCAGCUUUAUCUGAGCACGCGAAGAGGGGCAUGGGUCCUGAACAGGGUGGGAAACAACGGCGUGCCCCUGGAUUUGGGUUUUAACAGGGUGAUGACACUGAUCCAAGCGGUCCUUCCCUUUGGCGUGAUGUGUGGCCUGGCAGAGAGCCAACUUAACCGCCGAUUUAAUCACAGCCUGUACAACCUGAAGCCAAAUCACAGGUUGUUCAGCCAGCAUCCCACCGUUAACGACGAGCUUCCCAACCGCAUCCUGUCCGGAACGGUGCAGGUGAAGCCCAACAUCCGCAGAUUUCGCGGCUCCAGCGUGGAGUUUGACGAUGGCAGCGUUGUGAAGGACGUGGACCUGGUGGUUUUUGCCACAGGUUACAGGUUUUCCUUUCCAUUCCUGGCCUCGCAUGUGGUCUCUGUGUCGGGCAACAAGACGUCGUUGUUCAAGUAUGUGUUUCCUCCAGAGCUGGAUCGUCCCACGCUAGCUGUUAUUGGCCUGGUACAGCCGCUGGGGGCAAUCAUGCCCAUCUCUGAGAUGCAGGCCAGGUGGGCCACAAGGGUUUUCAAAGGCUGCAUCAAGCUUCCUUCUGUGGCUGACAUGCUGGAUGAUAUCCAGUAUAAGGAGGAGACCAUGGCUAAAAGAUAUGUGACCAGUCAGAGACACACCAUCCAGGUGGACUACAGCGUAUACAUGGACGAGAUAGCGGUACUGCUGGGGGUCCGACCCAACAUCCCCAGGCUGCUACUCACCGACCCUAGGCUGGGACUGAAUGUGCUGUUCGGGCCCAUGACCCCUUACCAGUACCGUCUCCAAGGUCCAGGGAAGUGGGCCGGAGCACGCCAAGCCAUACUCACUCAGUGGGACAGGGUGGUCCAGCCCAUGCAGACCCGAGCGUGCGACAUAGCCGAAGCCAAGAGGUCUCUGAAGUGGCCGCUGAUUCUGAUGACCGCUGUGGGUGUGACCGCAUACGCUAACAGGAGCAGCCUGUCUGUUUUGUUGCAAGACCCCACUGUGUUUUUGGAAAGGUUCAAAGUGAGCCUGCCUACAUUGGGACACUGAGUGGUGACUAACAUAAAAUUAAUUCAUGAUAGUGAUAUGAAGGGAAGAGGGAGGUAACACCUGAAAAGUUGAUUACUGUACACUGGAUCCCUGCCUAUUCACGGUUAGUGUAGGGUGUUUGCUCCCCCUGCAUAUUUGUGGAUUCGUUUUGUCUGUUUUAAAUUGUAAAUUAGUUUUUGUAUGAUAAGAAAGUGGUUUGGUGGCACUAUCUGCAGGGGGGGGAGAGUGCUGCAGAUGUGAAUCCAGCCGAGGGCGCUGUCUUACAAGUAAAUUCACAUAACAUAUUUCAGCAUUACAGUGCUGAUGUGAAGUUGUAUAACUGCUUGUUUUGUAAGUAUAGUACUGUAUUCAUGUAAUUGUUUCUUAAUGUGUAAAUGUUCAUUUAAAAUUUGAACAACUGUGAGAGGCAUAUUACAGCAUUUGGAGUAUGAAAAAUAGGAUUUUUAAGGGCUGCUUAUGAGUGUGUUCAUUAUUCGUGGAGGUUAUGUUCCAAGUUUCUCCCCAUGGGGAUCUACUGUACAGAAUGGGAUUAGGUGAAACUUUAAAAAAUGCGUUUGAAACAUUGACCAGCAGAGUGCCAAAAUGCACAAAUGGGGAGCAAUCAAAGUGAAUGUAAAGGCAGCUCUAUGUCACGUGAUUAUAGCCUCAGUCGCAGAGGAAAAAUAAUAAAAAAAAGAAUUUA